AUGCUAUGCUAUUCUAUGCGGUGGUGGUGGUGGUGGUGCGCUGUGCUGUGCUCGGCAUAGCCUUCGGGCUUCAUUCCCUCCAUUUGUGCCUGGCGUGCUUUCUUUCAGUCCUUCCUUCCUUCCUUCCUUCCUGUCUGCCUUCCCUCCUUGGCUGUGCCUGUGCCUGUGCCUGUGGCUGCCUGGCUUGCCUUGCCUUGCCUCGCUCGCAGAGCGCAGCGCAGCGUUGCUGCGGUGCUCCCUGGCGGGGCGUGGGUGCUUGGUUGCGUCCAUCUGUGAGAACUCUGUGCUCGCCGCUUUACCCGCUCCAUUAUGUACCAUAGCUGCUCCUCCUCAUCCACCUUUCAGGUCCGCUGCUGCUGCUGCCCUAACCUCACCACCGGUGCUGUAAUGCGCGCUGUCCAUCAUCAUCGUCCGGGCUCGGGCUCGGGCUCGCUCGCUCGCUCGUUCUCUCUCGCUCGCGCCUUCGCUGUUGCUAUUGCUCGGCUUGUUCUUCACGUAUUCGUCCUCUUCUGCGUGCUCUCUCUUUUCCGCUCCCGGUCCGCCUCCGCGUCCGUCUUCUAUCGCAUGCUGCUUCUUAGUCUUGUUCUGGGUGGUGGUGCUGCGGGCCAUAUCUUCUAUCCGAUCUGCCGUCUUCCACUGCCUCCACUACCACCAGAGCUGGUGGUUGCGGCGGUGGUACUGCUGCUGCUGCUGCCGCUGCCGCUCUUCUAUGAGAUUGGGUGUGCCAAUUGCAGGGCGCUGGGGGGAUGGGAUGCCAUUCGGGUCUGCUCGUUUGGUUACGACCCGCGACCCUCUUCGCCUCUCCUCCUCCUCCUCCUCUUCCUCUUCCUCUCCUCCUCGCCCUCUCCCCCGUGCCCCCCUCGCAGCACCAGCAGCAGCAGCAGCAGCAGCCGCGCCCUCUCGCCCCGUAACCUCUGCCCGUCCCGCCUGCCGUUGCCCUCGUCUUCUUCCUCUUCGUCGUCGUCGUCCUCAUCCCUUGCUGCUCUUCGUCGCCCGAGCUUUCUCUCUCCUGCCCGAGGCCGUUGCUUCCCGCACGCUCUCUCCCUCUUGCUCCGUCUCUAGUCCGACUUCUAGUCCGAUGGGUCUCGUGCUUUCCUCCUCUCUCUCGGUCGUCCGCAGUUGUGAGUGAGUGAGCGAGCGAGCGAGCGAGGGAAAGAUUGUGUGUGGGUCUGGGUGUGUUGCUUUCGUGCGGGCGAUGCCCUUUUUCUCCUGUCCGCCCGUCUGCUCUGUUUGCCUGAGGCUUAGGAAUCGAGCGUCGCUGUCUCUCGUCUCUCGUUCUGGGUCGCGAUUCAUACCAGCGAUUCUGUUGGCUCGAUCGUCACCCCGCCUGUAUAUUUAUCCGUCUAUCUACCAUCUAUUUCUCGUCUCGUAGAUAUUCGGAAGGCGGUGCAUAAGAUUUGUCGUCGUUGCAGUACUGGAUGUUCUCGUGUCGACGAGUAAAUCGCUUACAUCUCUGUAGUGCGUGUUGCUUUCUACUUUCGUGAGGAAAGAGAGAGAAAGAGAAGGAUUUCGUUUCUGCAAGUUUUUGUAAGUUAGGAAGAAGGAGCAGGAUGACGGACAGGCAGGAGAUGCAGGACAUGGUUCAGGUUCCAGAGAUCGCAAGGGGUGUGCGCAGGCAUCGGUCUGAUGUUCUGCGUCGUCCCCGUUCUGUUACCCUUCUCAACCUUUCUCCUCCGGGCUCCGCCUCGAAGGAUAUGUCAUCCAUACCUAAGGAUCGUAACUCACCUAAAAACGAAACCAUGGCACCCGUUUCUUCGUCCGCUCCUCAUGUGUUGGGACCUUCUCACAGGGACUAUGACAAAGACGACGGCUUGAGCGCAUAUCUUCACGGGACGACAGAAAAGAGGCCUAGAGAACGCUUCCGAAGCUUCGUAGACUCUGCAUCAGCCGAGGACGAGGACACUCAUGAGACGGAGAUGGACAAGAACGGCAAGAGCAUCGUGUAUUCGAGGAGGGGCGAAGGAGAGAAGAGGCCUGGCGAUAGUAGGGAUUACAAGGGCGAGGGCGAGAGGAGGUCCGGAAGAGAUGACGGCCGAGAUUACAAGCGAGAUGACAGGAGAGAAGCCCACAGAUACGAGGGCAAGUUCAUUCGGAAGAGGGAUGGCAGAGAUGGAAGAGACUCACGAGAUCGCCGUUCCGACGAGAGAGAUGGGAACUGGAGGCCGAGCAAGUAUUCUCGAGAUCGAGAUCGAGACCACGAUGACUCCGAUGGAGAGCAUGGGAAGUCUUAUGGCAGAGAGGAGAAGAAAAGGACGGAAAGAAGUUGGAAGGAGAUUGCAGAGAGGGACAGGUUUUUGAAAGACAAUCGAGAGCGGGGUCGGGAUUUCUUUUCCUCUGCUCCAUCUGAAAGAAGGGACAGGGCCGAUAGAGAGCCCUCGUCUGCUCCUUCUGAUAAGAAGGAGAGGAGCGAUCGAGACAAGAGCCAGCACUCCAGCGAGAAGGUCAACAAGCCAGGGGAGGCGAGGCUACCGACGAAACUGAAGCUCAAAGUGGGAGGCAUCAGUAAGGUUUUGCAUUCUGACGGCCUGAGGAAGCAAGAGUCUCUACCCCCCGGAUUUGAGUCAAAAUCUUGCGAGAAGCAAAGUGAGAAGCGUUCUGAGAAACUGCCAGAGCCUGCCAAGAAGCGCAGGCAUCGACUGAUCCUCCAGGACAAUUCUGACGACGAUGACUAUGAUCCACGCGCCGUCGUUGUUAAGAAGCAGGACAAUGUUUCUCCUUCUACCCCACCGGCUAAAACCACUGAUGUUGGAGAUUCUGAGACGAAUGAAGACAGAUCAAAUCGCAGUGCUGCCAGUCCUUCAGCUGCGGAGGCAUCCACACCUAGUGUCCGCAAGAGCUCCAGGAUACCCAAGAAGAAGGUUCUUGAGGAUUUUGCCGAUGAUAUUCCUGAGGAUACGAAGAUGGAUACUGCUGAAGGAGAACAAUCCCCGGUGGAAGAGGCUGGUGGAAAAAGCCGAGAGGACGAUGACGAAGACUUCAACAAGGGAGGAGAUGCCUCCGACAAGGAUGCAUCAGUAUCUGAAGAUCUCUCAGAUGAUAUGGAAGAGGAAGAUCGACCUACCAAAGCCAAGAGGCGGAAGUCUCAGGACAGUGUAUCUUACCCUGGGAAAGGAAGAAACGCACCUCUGACAGCCCGACAACGAACCAUGCAGUUGGGCAAAGAAGGAGAUUCCGAGAUCGGACCAAGCCUGAUCGAAUUUCCAAGUGGUUUGACUCAGACAAUGGGUGGCAGACGAGGUAGGGAGAAGCUCACUGAAGAAGAGCGACAAGUUAAAAAAGCCGAGGCUGCCCGGAGGCGGAAGCAGCUUGUUGAGAAGACUGCAAAGGAGAUUCAGGCUUCUGCUAUUCAAAAGAUUUUAGGCCAGGAUUCAUCGAGGAAGAAGAAGGAAGAGCGUUUGCUCAAACAACGUCAAGAAAUUGAACAGGGAAAGAAAGCUGCAGCAUUGGAACCUGCAACCAACAGUAUCCGGUGGACCAUUAAGCCCGAAGGGACUAUUGUUUCUUUCUCGCAGGAUAUUGAGCUUCCUCAAAUUUUCAUCGCGCCUCCUCCUAGUUAUCCACCUGCUCGGGAGAAGUGUGCUGCCCCGUCAUGUCCGAACACCUACAAGUACAGGGACUCCAGGUCAAGAAUGCCUCUUUGUAGCCUGGCAUGUUAUAAGACCAUUCAACCCCCAGCACUCAUGGCCUCUUGAGUGUUAUUCAUUCUAGAACCAGCCAUCAGACAUCAUCGACGUCUCAUUCGUUCCCAUGUGAAAUAUCCCUCACGUGGUGAUGAUUCGCGUUGCUGAUCGGUAGUGACUCCAAGUGGUUGGGGACGGGUCAACUUGAUCAAAGGGUCAAGAAGUUUUGUAGAAUUAGUGUCACCAUUCGGGUCGACGUGGGUGAUAAUGGAGCCCUUCGUAUAGAUACUCAAAACCCUUAGUUACUACGGACACGGGGUAGACGAUGUAGAUUAGAUGACUCAUGUGUACAUAAAUGUUCCUUGUUAUCAGAAGCCCUCUCAUUCUUAUGUCACAGUUCUUCUGAAAGUCCCUUCUAUCCAAGGGAGGCCGUCCGGAACACAAUUUAGAGCGUUCUCUACUAGAGAAUUUGGGAAUGAGGUCCGUGUGGAGUUUGAUGUUUUCAGUGGAGUUCCAGGUUAAUGGUCCCCACAACAUUUCUCCAGCUUUAGGCGUUAAUUGGAAUCUCUGCACUCAGCGCACAUGUGUAAGACUGGUAAUGGGCCGUCUUUUUGCAUUAAUAAAAAGAGAUCUCUGAAAACCUUC